AGUAACAACUCCUGUAAGAUGGCCACUGUACUAGUUGUCACCCUGGGUGAUGAUCAUGUUAGAACAACGGUAACCCAAAGUGAAACAGAUGUCGACCGUCACAUAAGGGAUUUCCUGUCUAACAGGAGGAACGAUAAGAAAGUCAUCGGUUUGGAUGUAGAGUUAACACUGAACGAAGAAAGGAGUUCAACAAGCAAGAGUGAUUUACCGGAUUUCACCUUCGUUGGGAUAGGUAUCAAAGGAAGUCUGACGAAGUUAGAGAAAGAGUAUGGCCUGGGAUGUAAAAAUGCUGUUGAUUUGAAACAGUUUGCUGCUGAAGUUAUGAGGAAACCUCAGCUGGGUUUGUGUGGGGUGGAUGAGCUGGCUUUAAUGGUGGGGUCGUUAAAGCUGGAGAAACCGACCAGCGUUGUGUUUAGUGAUUGGGGUGGCGAAGUUCUUAACAAGAAACAGAUUAAGCUUGCCGCAUCAAAUGUGUAUGCUUACUUCAAAAUUGCGAACAAGUUAUUGAAUGAGUCAUGAGUGGUUAAUAUUUUACUGAUUCGUGAUGCAAAGUGCUCUAGUUCUUCUUCCCCUUUUCUCUGUUCUGCCUUUUCCCUGUUAAAUGCACCAUGUUAAAAAAGCUGUCCUUAGAGUUGCCUUUUCUCCUAUUUCGUGACAUGAAUGCAACUUUAUGGCUUUGCAGAACUUAACAUUCAUUAAUCUGUGCCCUUAGAAAAACCGUUCAUGGACGCUGUCUCUGGAAAAAUGUUGUUAGAAAAUGACUCAAACUGGUUUCAUUCAGUACCGUGGCAAGGUAAUAGAAACAACAGAAAUAGAGAUUGUUUAGCAGAGAAUUGGGAGAUGAACAUCUGGUCUAUUGCUUUACGUAAGCAGAAGAUCUGUAUAUGUUUUUUUUUUUUUUGAAUAGGGCAAUUUGAGAGAAUAAGAAAUGAGAUUUGUGGGA